AUGCAGUAGCGCACUAGCGCAUAGCCAUUAGCCGCAUAACGUACCCUAGUCCCUAACUCCAGUCCGUUCAUCUUCUCCGUUCUACUUCUACUCCUCUCACGCGGUCAGCACUCAGCCGGUCACUCCUCUCCGUUUAUCUGCUGCGGGCCUGGGGCAGUAAGCAGCCAAGUGGACGACUGCCAGAGCAACUCCAGGUCUCCAGCAAGAUUGAGUCUUCGACUGCAUCUCAAACCAGUUUUUAGCGGCGAAACCAUGGCCAGAAUCGCCCACAUAUUUCAAAUCAUGGCUGUUUAUUUUGGGAGGAAGCCACGACCAGUUGAAUUCGGAUUGCCCCGGCUAUUGCACCACGGCCCAGACACUGUUGAGGAGCUUCUUGAUAGGCACAUCGUCAAGGAGAAGAAGAAUAGUCUAGAUGAUAAAGAUAUCUAUACUCGCCAGCGGCUCACUGGAACUCAUCGCGAGGCACUGAGUCUCUAUCGAGACAUCAUCCGGGCUACCCGUUUCUUUAUGUGGCCCGACUCCCGAGGUGUUCUAUGGCGUGAUAUUCUUAGAGAGAAUACCCGAAAGGAAUUUGAGGAUGCCCGGUUCGAAAGGGACCCAGAAGUUAUCACGCGUUUGCUGAUUGGGGGUCACGACGCCUUGCAAGCUGCCCUCGACAAACUUGUAGAGAAACAAAAGCAAGAGAUCAAGAAGCUGUAAGGAAAUUCACAAUUUUCCAAUUUUCAGUGGUAAUAUUUUUGUAUGACUUAUUCUGGCAAAAAACAUGUAUAUAUAAAUAACUAAACCUGGGUGAAGUUAUUUUGCAUAAAUGCGUGUUAAAGAGGAAGCUGUUAUGGACAAACUGCUAGCUAGUUCAUAAACGGAAAUAUAUCAGUUACCUGUAACCCUUUUAGCAGCGCGAGAAGUUUCUUAAUUUUCAAAGUGUGCGGCUUUUCAUUAGUUGAUGAUGAUCUACCACAAGUUUUGAUGUCGAUGAAGUGUUUGAUUGCAAGGUUUGAUACUUGGAUGAGGAUGUGACGGUAUCAGAGAUGACAUAUAAGAGAGGUCUUUUCUGGAAGCAAAGGGCAAAAGAAUUUUGGCUGAAAGAAGGGGAUAUCAAUUCCUGCUUUUUCCACAAUACUGUGAAACAAAGAAGAAGAAAAAAUAAGAUGCCAGGAAUCACCAUAUCAAUUCCUAGUCCACGGAUCGUGAAAAAAUGGGCAGUACUGUUCUGGAGUAUUUUACUAAUUUAUUUAAGGCCAGUGAAGAAAGGGAUCUGACAAGGGACUGGAAAUUUUUAUAAAGUCACAGAUGAGCAAGAUAGGAAGCUCCUGAAACCUAUUUGUCCAGAAGAGGUUAAGGUGACAGUUUUUGGCAGGCAUCCGGAAAAGGCACCGGGGGCUGACUGGAUGAAUCCGACGUUUUCCCAAGCUUUUUGGGACCAGAGAUUUCUCGGCUUUGCCCCACCAUUUUUGAUACAGGUUAUCUCCCAUCCGAGUUAAAUAUUACUAAUAUUGUUUUAAUUUCUAAAAAGGAGAAAUCAGUCAAUAUGGGGGAUUGCCUUAUGCAACGUUGUUUAUAAAAAAAAUUCUAAGAUUCUUUCUAACCGACUAAAAGAUAUUUUGGGCUCAUUAGUGGGAGAGAACCAGAGUGCAUUUAUACCAGGCAGGUCUAUUGUUGAUAAUAUAAUUGUGGCAUUCGAGACACAACAUUUUCUUAAACAGAAAAGGUUUGGUAAAGAGGGAUUUGUGGCCAUGAAGCUGAAUAUGAGUAAGACGUAUGAUAGGGUGGAAUGGUUCUUCUUACACAAGAUCAUGCUACUUUUGACGAGCGGUGGGUCCAUCUUAUUAUGCAGUGCGUGAUCUCUGUGAGCUAUUAUGUUCAGUUCGAUAAGGAAUAUUUGGGGCCAAGUAUUCCAGGCAGGGGACUCAUGCAGGAGGACCCUGUAUCACCUUAUUUAUUUAUUUUGGUUGCAGACGGUCUGAGUGCAUUGUUAAGAAGGGCGGAGGCUCGUGGAGAUAUUCAUGGUGUGACCAUGUGUGGGGGAGCUCAAAGGGGUUCUCAUUUAUUAUUUGCGGAUGACAGUUUCCUAUUUUUUAAGGCGAAUAAUCAUGAAUGUGAUGUGAUUAAAAAGUUCUUGCAAGUCUAUGAAAGAUGUUCUGUAUAGGCUAUUAAUUAUGAUAAAUCUACACUUGCUUUUAGCCAGAAUGUGGAGGAGGAGUCUAGAGAUGCCUGUUGUCGGCAACUUGGCGUACCAUUAGAUAGCGGUCAGAGCAGGUAUCUUGGUUUACUGGCCUUGGUGGGAAGAGGUAAAACGGCUGUCUUAAGUUAUCUUCGUGACCGUAUCGUGAGUAGAAUUAAAAAUUGGAACAAUAGGUUCUUGUCCCGGGCGGGUAGGGUUGUUCUACUCCGAAAUGUUAUUCAGGCUAUGCCCACAUAUGCUAUGAAUAUUUUCUUGCUUCUGAAGGAAUUGUGUGAUGAAAUUAAGAAGCUAAUGAGUAUACUCCACGAAUGCUAUGAAUAUUUUCUUGCCCCAUAGCGUUUUCCCGAGGAAUUCAAUCGCGGGAGCAGUCACCUCUCUAAACCCGAGUCUUUAAAUAUACUCCAUCAGUAAUCUAGCUUCUUCUUCUAGCAGUGAUUGGAUUCGAGGUCCUUUUCAACCAAAUAUGGGUCGACCAAUGGAAGAAGAUGCCCCUGGGAAGAAUGAGGAAGAGAAAUUCAACACAGGGCCAAUGGAACAAGAAUUUAGUGCGGUCGGCAAUGUCCUAAUGAAUUAUAGAACGAGAUCGAGCGCAAAAUCUCUUGAAACGCUUGUUUGCUUUCACGAUUGGUUGAAGGUCCAACAUAGAACUCAAGAAAUUAGUAUCGCCCCCCUCUACUUCAUGGAGGAAACAAUAAUCGACGAUGUCGGAGAUUCUGAUCGUUUUUUUAGGAAAUGUAUUUAAUUUUUAAAUUUUACUCAAUUUUCAAUUGUACUUCAUAUUUGAAAUAAAUAUACUUUAACUUUUUAUUCAUCAAGAAGAGUGUAGGGGUCAACAACUGAUUUCACAAAAAGAUGAUGCUUAUUGUUGAGUUGUUCCUUGUUUAAAUAUGUGCCUAUUCAAAUCAGC